GCCCCCACCGACGUCAGCCCUACUGGCUCGGAGUCCGUGAGCGUGCCCGCUGUUCCUACUCAGACUGGCCCUGCCGGUGAAGCCGAGACUACUCCCUGCGACACCUUGACCUCGGAGACCGUCUACCCGGUCGCCACCGAGACUGAUGCUCCCUCUGUCAGCACCACCGAUGUCCCUCCUGUUAUCACCACUGCCCCCGCUAUCAGCUCCGGCCCCGCUCCCAAGGUGGUCACCAUCACCACCACCGUGAGCGUCGCUGUUUGCGAGCCCUAA